CUUGAAAUUUCCCGACUACAUGGAGUGGAGGUCCACAAGUAACUCCAUCAGCCAGCAUGAAUAAUGUUUCAGGGUAAAUUGACUGGCUACAAAAGAAGCUUACGAUGCCACGCAACUUGCUGAACUACCAAAGAGCGCAUGCAGCAUGGAAGCUGGAGACAGUAGUCAAACAUUUGCCGGCAGCCUACCAAGCUUUCUACAAAGAGUGGAAAGUGGACCAGCCCAAGCCAGUGCACUACAAACCAGAGCCAGGAAGAUGGAAAAAGAAUCCCACUACUGGAGAAAUCCGGCCUGUGGAGAACGUGCCCAUCCCGCUGAGCUACCCGCGUGAGCUACACCAGGGUCUGUGGGGCGGCGAGGCGGUGAUAAAAGGCUACCAGCACCGCGGCCGGAACGCCAGCCUGAUCCCGCACUGGUGGGUGCCCAGCCUGCACCGCACCGUGCUCUACAGCGAGGUGCUCGACCGAUGGAUGGAGCUGGUGGUGACCCAGCGCGCCGUCCAGCUGGUGCACGAUCACCACGGACUCGACAUGUACCUCCUUAAGACUCGGGCCUGCGAUAUUGUCUCCCUGCUGGGUCUUCGCAUCAAACGUGAAAUCCUGCUGGCGUUAGCGCGUGGAUCGCUCUGGCCCGACGACCCCAAACGACGAGAGGAGCUACUGAAAAAGUACAGCGAGUUCAUCGUGCCGGAGGAGCAGGUCGAGUGGUACGGACUGACUGUGGGAGAGGCCAUUAAGAAGCUGCGCGUGGAGCAGGCGGCCGCCGGGCCCCCGCCGCCCCUCAAACACCAGUACCGCGCCGAGCUCGUAGAAAAACUGAAGUUCCUCAGGGACAACCCGGAGGCUGUCAGUGCCCCUGAGAGUGACUCGUGGCUGAGCAAGAUGAACCCGUUCGCCUCGAGAACGGUAGAGAAAACGUGAUCCGGCCCGUACCGACAGCUAAUAGUGUUUGUGCGUCAGUGUCUGGCGCCGUUUUGCUCCAGUGUGCUAAUUGUGCUGCAAUACAACUGUGUGAUUGUAA